UAUGAUAAUCAUCCAAUACGUAUACGAUGCCUCUCGACGAUCAUCGUCUUCGUUGUCUUCAUCAUCGUCCUGCUCGUCGACGGAGCGUCUGCGCGGCGAAACAGCAUCGUUAACUCGUUACGCGAUCGAGACGAACGAGAUGACUGGAAGAGUCACGUUCGGUAUCGAUUCGAUUAUCGAACGGGCAUAUCGAAAAAGUGCAAGUUCGUUGGGUGGACGAUCGCUGCGGUGUCGCCGAAUCGAACGUUUCCCGCGGUUCAACAAACAGCACAGCCCUUUCGGUGCACGUCAAUGAAAAACGAUGGUACGUAUAAUUACUUUUUCUUUGUCCACUGUUUGGAGGUCGAUCGACGACGUGGUCCCGCGACGCGUUUUCUUCCUCCUCACAGUCACUCUCCGUGUCCCGAUACGUUUUCACGUAUCUCUGCUUAUUUCGUUAUCGUGCCUCCGCCUUCACCGCCGCCUCCUGCUCUUUCUCAUCCUCCACCUUCUUCUCCUCCUCCUCCUCCGGCCGUCGCCGCUACCACCACCUCCACCUUCCUUCUCCGUUUCUUCUUCCUCCACCUCCAGCUUCUUCACCCCGCCUCGUCGUUCUCUCCCUUUUUCUCUUUCUUCCUCCUCCUCCUCCUCCACCACCUCCUC